AACUUUGGCCAGUUGAAGUAAAUAUAAGUGAGUGAAGACAAAAUAGUAAAAAUUUAACUCUGGUGCCUGAAGCCCAAUGCCCACUGCCAUACCAGCAGGCAGGAGACAGAGACACAGCAACCUGUGAUGACAAAGACACAUCACACACUGAACAAACAGCCCCCAGCCAGAGAUGACCAGCUUCCUAUCAGACCUGGUCCAGUACCGGGGGCUCUUUCAGAUGGUCACAAUCCUGGGGAUUGGUGGAACAUUCCAAAUUGGCUUUCAACUUUCUACCAUCACCUACAUGUCUCAGCAUGUUAAGGCCUUCAUUAAUGAAACUUGGCUGGAGCGAUAUGGCUACCCCAUCCAUCAGGAUAACCUCUUGUUCCUAUGGUCUAUCACUGUGUCCAUCUAUGGUAUAGGAGGUCUUUUGGGUUCUUCAGCAAGUAGAUACCUGACUGUCAAGUAUGGCAAAAAGAAAUGUCUCCUGUUCAACAAUCUGCUCAUGAUAGUGGGAGCAUCGGUCAUGGGCUGCUGUAAAACAGCCCAGUCUUUUGAGAUGAUUCUAGUUGGACGCUUCAUGUGUGGAAUAAGCGCAGGUCUUUGUGUUCCUCUGCACCACCAAUACGUUGGGGAAAUUUCCCCUAAGAAGCUACGUGGAUUUGCAAAUUCCACUUCCGCUUUCUUUUGGUCACUGGGAAAAGCCGUAGGGCAAAUUUCAGGACAAAGGGAGCUGCUGGGCAGCCAGUCCCUAUGGCCCAUGCUAAUGGCCUCGUGUGGAUUUCCAGCACUGGUCCAGCUGGUCACUCUGCCAUUCUUCCCUGAGUCCCCCCCAUAUCUCCUCAUGCGUAAAGGAGACCCAGAAGGCUGCAAAAAAGCCGUAAGGCAGCUUUGGGGUGAAGGCCAUCACCAAGCAGAGAUUGAUGACAUCAUGAAAGAGAAAGCAACAAUGAAAAACACCAAGAUCCUGAGUGUCCUGGAGCUAAUCAAAGAACCAGCUUUCCGUUGGCAGCUGUAUACGAUAAUUGUUCUGACCUCCACAGUUCAGCUAUGUGGCAUCAAUGCAGUUUAUUUUUAUACUUUUGAAGUCCUGAAGGCAGCUGGUUUUGAUGAAAAAAUGAUCUCCUAUAUGACACUCUCUCUUGGACUCUCUGAACUUGUAGCUGCUGUAGUCUGUAGCUCCAUCAUCGAGCGACUGGGCAGGAAAGUGCUCCUAAGAGGAGGCUACUGGAUCAUGGGUUCACUGCUAGCUGGUAUCACCGUGACUCUCUCCCUACAGGACUGGUAUUUCUGGAUGCCAUACUGCAGCCUUUGUCUGAUUAUCUUGUUUGUAGUGGUCUUUGCAGUUGGGCCAGCUGGUUCCACAGUUUCUGUUAGGGUUGAAAUCUUCACGCUCUCCUGCAGACCACCUGCCUUCGCCAUCACUGCUGUUCUCAACUGGGUGGGCAUAUUUGUGAUUGGAAUCACCUUCCCCUUCUUUGUGGAAAGACUCAAGCACUUCUGCUUCCUCAUCUCUAUGGGGGUACUUUUCACUUCAGGGACAAUUAUCCACCUGAUCCUUCCAGAAACAAAAGGAAAAUCAAUUGUGGAAAUCACAGAAGAGUUCAAUAAGCUAAACUUUAAAAAGAAACGUUUUCCAGCUCCUUCAAACCAUGUCACAGAGGAUUACACUUUCUGCACCAGGCUUUGACCAGCCAUAAAGGAGAGUGAGACUCUCUUAACUGGAAGGAAAAAAAUACACUUGUUGUCUUCUGACUGGCAAAGCUGGUCCAAACGGACUGCCAGCUUUUGUAUCUGUCACUUAGAAGGUUCCCAUUUUGCCAGACUAGCACCUUUCUCAAGCACUCCUCUCUGGGCAGCUUAGAAAAGGGAUGAUGGCUGAUAUUAACAGGGUAGACUCAUGUGAAUCAUGAGCAUUUUGGCUUAACUUGCCGAUGUGUAAAUCUAAUACACACUGAAACUACAUGUCAAAUUUAUAAACACUCUGCUGACCACAGAGAAAUGGAAGACCUGUGAUGCCCUCUCUCUCUAUGAUUUCUGAGUGUGUUUUUACAAACCUGAAAUGGGAACAGUGAAGUUCUUGGCUUGCUAUGUCUGGCUAGGGUUCAAUCCAUAACAGAUUAAAGAAAAAAUUUAGUGGAAUGGGAGAGUAAUUCUUUGUUUCUCUAGACUCAGCUGAAUAAUCAAGCCUUGCCAGGUUCCCAUGCAUAACGUCAUGUCGUCCUUGUGUUGUAUUUAGUUUGACAGACUUCAACCCUUUUGGAUUGAAGUUUUCCAUGUCAGCAGGCAUCCUUGCUUUGACUUUAAUUUUUGCUAACAAAUUCAGCCUUUUGAUUCUAAGCUCAGGCUUGUUCAUUAAAAAGUAUGUGGGAAAAGCUCCUAUGCAAUUCUUCUCAAGGAAUAGUAUCUUUCAGUGGCAGUGCAGCUAAAGGACAGGACUCAUGGGUGGAAUUCAGUUGUCAUAAGCUACAAGCACAUAGAGUCAUUUGAGAUAAUCUGUGCUAUCUUGCUCAUCACCAUCACCAUCUCAAGUUGGGAGCUUCUCUUCCAGGAUCAGAGUUCCCACAGGUAUCUCACAGGCUGUGAAUUUGGCUGCUACUUUGCCUUGUGUGACUUUUGGCUACAUGGACCAAAUUUACCACAGAAGCACAGCCCCAGAGUGGCACUCCUGGCUGUAAUAGAGUACUUGUUGCCUUACGGUUUCUCCUAAAGACAUAUGUCCAGGACCUUGCUGUGUGUACAGCAGACUGCCAGCAAAAGCUCAAUCACCUCCUCCAGCUGUUAUACGUGCAGGGCUCCUGCCCAGGGUGUAUUUCCCUAUCAUGACUAAGAAGUGAUCACAUUUUCUCAUAUUUCAGUGAUGUGCAAUCAAUACAGGCUCUUCAGUUAUUGUUCACUGCAAGAGUAGAUGCUGAUUGACAGCUGUAGGGAUGACUAAAUACUUUAUGCCUUGAGUAUUUUGUCAGACUCAUAGAGCUACAUAAGAUUUACAGUAAAAGUAAGAAAUAGGAUUCUAACCUAGGGAACUUUCAAGGCAUUCAUUUAAGCAUUUCUAACAACAAUUUAUGGUUUAAUUUACAGUCUUUCAUAGGAGUUUUGCCAGUUUUUACAAGCAUGUGGUGUGCACAGAGACAAGGAAACAAAGUGAGCGAAUGUGUUCAAACAUCAUACGCAAGUUUCCUGUCUUCCAGAUUGAAUGUGAUAAACCAUUCCCAGAGAUCUCUGUUGUAGGAAUGGAUGCAACAUAAUUUUCUACACAUCUAUAAUCAACAUCUGUGCUUGAGUUCACUUACUGCAGGCUUUCAAAUUGUUAAUGAUCUUCAAGGCAAUCUGAAACUGAGUUCCUAAUUCCUGUUCCUGCUGUACACAGUUAGAGGUAAAAAGAGUGUCUGAGCCUUACAGGACAGAGUGAUCCUGUAAAGUACCACAGGGAUUCAUUUCACCAGAAACUUUUUUUGAAAUAUGCAAAAUUAUGGAACUUUUCUUUAGAAAGUGCCUAAUGUUCUGCACCUUUCCCUCUAUUAAUGAGAGGCUCACACAGUUCCAGUAGCAAAGAAAUACUAUUAGGAAGAAAUGAAGACAGCUAAGGUUCACAGUGGAGCACUCUAUACAAAUUAAAAUCCAAGCUCUGGACUUACACAGUAAAAUAAGUGGCUAUAUCUCUAAUAUUGCUUUAACUGGCAUAUUUACUUCAACUCAAAAAAAUGUUAUUCAAAAUAUUAAUUUAAUUGUUCAUCUUAACUGCUGCUUAUUUUUAAUUGGAAAUGUUAAAUAUAAUAAAAAUGGCAGAUCAUCUCAUGAUAAAA